AGCACGGCCACGUAAAUGUCUGAAAAUUAGGCCACUUCGAGUCGAGUGUUUUCCCUUCAUGUUUGAUGUGGAGCUGCACAGGGUAAACAUGAGGGACGUUUAUUUUUUCUCAUGUGUAGCCCUGCUGAGCGGGGUGAACGGAUGGGUUUUAAACCCCACAGAGUCGCCAGCGCCUGGAAACCUUUCCGAUGUCAAUUUAAUUCAUCUAAUUAAACCCAGCGGGUCGCCGAGCAUCCACAGAUCACGGAGGAAACGCUUCAUAACCCAAAGCGACAUGAUUGCCAUCCUGGACUACCAUAACCAAGUGAGAGCGAACGUGUUCCCACCGGCGGCGAACAUGGAGUAUAUGGUAUGGGACAAUGAUUUGGCCAGGAGUGCUGAGGCCUGGGCUGCCACAUGCCUGUGGGAACAUGGACCUGCUUAUCUGCUGCAGUUCUAUGGACAGAACCUAUCUGUCAGGACAGGAGGGUAUCGUUCCAUCCUGCAGCUGGUCAAACCAUGGUAUGAUGAAGUGAAUGACUAUGUCUUCCCUUACCCUCGCUUCUGCAACCCCAGGUGUCCCAUGUAUUGCCGUGGGCCCAUGUGUACACACUACACACAGAUGGUAUGGGCAUCUACUACCAGAGUGGGUUGUGCUGUGCAGACAUGCUAUAACAUGUUGGUGUGGGGAGCACUGUGGAGAGAGGCCACCUUCCUUGUCUGCAACUACUCACCUAAGGGAAACUGGAUAGGGGAGGCUCCAUACCAAGUGGGUGUUCCCUGUUCAGCCUGCCCAUCCAGCUACGGAGGCUCCUGCAGCAACAAUAUGUGCUUCCCAGCCAUCCAGUCCAACUACAUGUACUGGUUCAAGUAAACAGAGUGGUUGUUAGCGCUCAUGCUUGGAGAGUUAACGGAGUUAUAUGUAACUGGAUAACAAAGUCCUUUUUCAAAACAUGGGAAUUGCAGUCUGUUACAGUUACCAGAACGAAUCGGAUGACGGAUUCUAAGAACAAGGAGGUGAACAAGCCACAUAACUGCUACAUAACUGAGACUCAGCUUUGAAAGGAAAAAUUCAGAGACACACAUUUUUGGCUUUAUUGUUAUUAUUGCAUAUUGUAUAUUGCAAUACAUUUUAAAGGGAUAGUUGACCUACCACUUGUGUAGGACAGUAGUGGUGCUAUCUUCCUAUCAUUGUUACUGAGUUCUUGAGUUCUUGAUACUGGCUGGAUGCUCCAAAUACUAACUGUUAGCCUCCUGACUUUGAAGGGGACUUCCCCCAGCUAACAUUCUGAAAAAUAAUCGUGAUGAUAACAGCAGGGGAAAUAAUUUAAAUUUUUUAAAAAUGGAUUUACUGUCUUCUUUAUCUUCGGUAUUAUCAUGUAUUCUAUAUAUGGGAAUGUUACCCAUUUACUGUACACAACCCUAGUGUACCAGAGCCUGUAGCAGGACCGAAAAAAAAAAAAAAAAAUCCUGCA